AUGGCGGGCCUGGAGUUUGUGCCGGCGCUGUCGCUUGUCGGCCUGCUGCUCUGCGGCUGGCUCUUCCUGCGGUCGACCAUACUGACGCACUACGACGCCAGACACCGCCGCAACUCCGUCGUGCAGCUGCUCUUCGCGGCGGUCUUCGCCCUGUCAGCCAACCUCCUGCAGCUGCUGGUUUUCGAGAUCCUGGACCUCAUGGACCCGGGGGUGCGCAAGCUCAACUGGCGCUUUGACAUCGUCUCCAUGCUGUGCCUGCUGCUGCUGGUCCUGCCCUACUACCACUCCUACGUCGCCCUCUCAUCCAAGCUGCCGCCGCUCAAGGCGUGCGCGGGCGCCGCCGUCCUGCUGGCGGCCGGCCUCUGCGCCUUCUGGCGGCUGGGCGGCGUGGUGCCGGGGAUCCCGGCGGGGCACGGCCGCCUCUUGACGAUGCUGGAGGUGGUGAGCCGUGUGGGGGUGCUGGGAAUCAUCCUGGUGGGAGUACUGUCGGGCUAUGGCUCAGUGUCAGUCCCCUUCUCUUACAUCACACUCUUCAUCCGCCCCGUGGAGAGGGCGGAGAUAGCGGCGAUGGAGUCGCAGCUGCGGCACACGGUGGACACGAUAGCGCAGAAGCGGAGAAACAUGGCGGGGCUGCAGCAGGAGAUAGAGAUACAGGCAGGCGAGGCGUCUGGCAAGGCGCCACAGCGCUCCUUCUUCGGCCGCGUGCUGGCGGCGGUGGGCGGGGGGCCGGCGGACCCGCGCCAGGUGCUGGGCAAGCUGCAGGCAGAGGUGGUGGGGCUCGAGCGGUUGCGGCAGGCGCUGCACGCGGACGUGAUCGACCUGAGGCGGGAGCACCAGCGGGCGGUGCUGGCGCGCACGCUGUAUGGCCACGUGCAGAACCUGCUGGGCUACAUACUGUCGCUGUACUGCAUAUACAGGAUGUUUGCCAGCGUGCGGGCGCUGCUGUUUGGGGAGGACCUGUCGUCCGACCCGGUCAGCAAGACGAUAGGCCAGGUGCUGCGCUUCUUCUCUGGCGGCCACCUGUCCAUCGACGUCCUCCACUUCUCGCAGUACCUCACCCUGGCAUUCAUCGGCUUCAUCUCCAUUUCCAGCCUGCGCGGCUUCCUGAAGCACAUGGAGCGCUUCUUCAUCGGCCUGUCUGCCGGCAACGCCACCACCAUGGUGCUGGUCACAACGGAGCUGCUGGGCUUCUACACCAUCUCCACCAUGCUGCUGCUGAGGCGGCAGCUGCCCCGCAACUACCGUGGCAUCAUCAGCGACGCCAUCGGCGGCGAGAUGGAGUUUGACAUGCUGCACCGCUGGUUCAACUCGACCUUCCUCAUCUCUGCCUCCCUCUCCCUGCUCCUCUUCUACGGCCUGCUGCGCCAGAAGCGGCAGGAGGCCAGCGACCGCCUGCCGCUGUACAUCACGCCCAGCCUGCAGGGCGGCCAUGAGGCCAGCAGAACCUGGUAG